CUGAAGUAGUCAAGCGGAAACAGAGUUAUUUUGUAACUUUUAAAUUUGAAGUAUUACAACUACGUACACAUCUGAGUAAAAUGGCGGUAUUAAAGCAUGUUUUCCUUCUCAUUCUAAGCACAGUCGGAUUAGUCCGGUCUUACGACUAUUGUGGCGAGAUUCUAUCUUGCGCAGAAGGCUACUGCUGUGAAGACAAUACACGUUGCUGCGAUUCCUUGUGGGGGACGGGCGGGUUUGUCGGGCUAGGAUUUGGGAUCUUCGUCUUCGUCUGCUUUAUUGCUGCGGUUGCCUACUUUUGCCGGAGGCGCUACUACACAAGGCAGCCAGUAUAUAUUCAGCAUCCCUUGCCCGGCGCCAAUGUGACCGUGGUCAACACAUCAACAGGUGCACCUGUUCCCCAAGGGAUACACCAGGGAUACAUGCACCAACCCCCGACAGGACAGGCGGAAUACAUGCACCAACUUCCUACAGCACAGGCGGGAUUUGUCAACCCAAUGGCGGACCAGACAUCAUACUCUCCGCCCUUUUCAAAGUAAAUCAGGCAUGCACGUUGGAGUCUUACGGUUUGACUGGGUGGAACAGCCUGCGAUUACCUGUCUUAUUUUUUUUAAAGUUUUUGUGUUGUGAAUGAAUAUUGACUGGUAAUUUGUUUGUCAUUAGGAUAUUUUGAAAUGUUGCUCUGUUUAGAUUAAUAUAUAGUAGAAUGAAAUGUUUUACAAACGUAUUGUAUUUGAAUUAAGUUUGCUUAAAUCAUUGUCCUGAUAUUUUAUCUUCACAACUCAGGUUUAGCCAUUCUGCCCUUCUUAAUAUUAUCGUUUUCCAUUUGUUAAUCUACGGAAUCUAUUGUUUAUGAAUUUCAUAGUUCGUCUGCCAAAAUAGUUAAUCUGAUAAAGAUCUUUGAGAGAGGAUAGUAAUUGUGCUUCAUUUAACCUUUAACUCAUUUUGCAAUUCUUCAAAUUAUGUGAGUGACACGAAGUCAAAUUGCCUUUUCUCAUUUUGUUUCUAUUUCGGAAUGUUAUUUGCGGCAGAUUUGUUGUGCUAUGCUUUUCAAUACCAUGCAAAUAUACUGUAUUGAAAUCGCCUCUUACGAAUUGUUAUUUUAUUGCAAUUGUUUGUAUAGGUUAUAAACUUUUAUAUAACGAAGAUUAUAUUAAGUUUAACUUUGUACGUAACACAGUUCAAAGGUCACAGUAAACAUACAGAUACAUUUUUUUUCAAUACAAUCAAAUCAAUACACAUCAUUCACCCUGAGUCAGGAAAACAACAACAACUGUAACCAAGUAUUUAUCAAGCAUACUAAUUAAUUAUAAAAAAACAUGAUUGUAAUAACCAACCAUCACUUCAACAUUAAAGACUCAUAACAGAAACUAGUGUUUGGAUAUUUCACACAGUUUAUUGGCUUGUCUGCUCACAUUAAGUUACAUAGACUGAUAGGCUUAUAGUCUAAACUUGAGAGGUAAUUCUAGUGUAAAAACAACAUUUAUCAACAAAAUCCAUUUAAAAAAUAUAUUAAUGUAUUUUUUUAUUAAUACAUGUACUUACAAAUUGACAGAAAUAAACUUUCGAAAAAUUUUCA